ACUUAAUUGUUUUUUGUAGAAUCCCGUUUGCUUCGCGUGCCUUCACUAAGAGAUCUUGUAAAUUCCUGGUUGAGGUCAUUGUUUAUGAGAGCUAGCAGAGGUUUGGCUCAUGUCCUGAAGUGUUUUUCUCUUGCUCCCUCUGUCUUUUAAAGCUGCGUUGCCUCCGCAGAUUUGACAUUUGAGCUGAAGCCACCGGACACUGCUGCUGCUGCUGCUGCUAGUUGAGAGAGAGACGCGCAUCUGUUCGCUUUGGAGAGGAGGUCCGAGGAGUUAUCUCACCUCCACCAUGACUGAUCGCUUCGACUGCUACUACUGCCGGGACAACCUGCACGGGAAGAAAUAUGUGAAGAAGGACGAAAAGCACGUGUGCACCAAGUGCUUCGAUAAGCUCUGCGCCAACACCUGUGCAGAGUGCAAACGCCCCAUCGGCGCUGACUCCAAGGAGCUGCACCAUAAGAACCGUCACUGGCAUGAGGACUGUUUCCGCUGUGUCAAGUGCUACAAGCCGCUGGCCAGCGAGCCGUUCAACGCCCGGGACGAUGGCAAGAUAAUGUGCGGCAAGUGUGGCUCCCGGGAGGAUGGCAACCGGUGCCAGGCCUGCUACAAGGUGGUCCUGCCAGGGUCCCAGAAUGUGGAGUACAAGAACAAGAUGUGGCACGAGGAAUGCUUUACCUGCUUUGAAUGCAAGCAGCCCAUCCGCACGCAGAGCUUCCUGACCAAAGGGGAAGACAUCUACUGCGCUCCCUGCCACGACAAGAAGUUUGCCAAGAAGUGUUUCCACUGCAAGCAGCCCAUCACCUCUGGAGGGAUCAGCUACCAGGACCAGCCCUGGCACUCGGAGUGUUUCGUGUGCAAAACCUGCCACAAAGGUCUGGCUGGAGCUCGCUUCACUUCUCACGAGAACGACGUCUACUGCGUGGACUGUUUCAAGACUGAUGUGGCCAAGAAGUGCCAUGGAUGCAAAAACCCAAUCACAGGGUUCGGCCACGGCACCAACGUGGUGAACUAUGAGGGAUUCUCUUGGCACGAGUACUGCUUCAACUGCAAGAAGUGCUGCCUCUCGCUGGCCAACAAGCGCUUUGUGAUCAACGGAGAGAACAUCCACUGCCCCGACUGUGCCAAGAAGGUGUGAGCUGCACAGAGGAUCGUGUUUAAAGUGGAGUUGCGCCAACACUGACAUUUAGACUGUUAAUUUGCAGAAAUAUAACCUUUUUGUUGACAGGCUAUUACGGCCUCAAAUGAACAUAAAUGUUAUUCUGUUUGUGAUUUAGCAAACAAAUGUCAAAUUGGUGAAACUUCUCUUUAUGAGGUUGGCAGACGAUAAAGGUUAUUUCAACUAAUUAUGCACUAGCUUGAGUCAUUUAUCUACUCAUACAUUAUGCAACUUGUUUCAGUGUUGGAUACUAACAUGGCAACAGAGUUUCUUUUGUGGGAUUGUGAUGUGCACUAUUAGUCUAAUCUAAUCCGGGAUUCUGUGUAGUUUUAUGAGACAAAAGCUUUUUCACUGCCUUACUGGAAUAUUUCAGAGAGAAUAAUAUGCUUUGACAUGCAUAACGCUGCUCAUACAUACCAGCUUUGAUUACUAAUCUGUUACAUGUAUCUUCCAAUGGAUUAUCAGAAAAAUACAAAUCUAAAAUGAGGUCUUUGAGUUUUAUGCUGAAAUAUAAACAGCUUGUGUAUUCAAGACUUUGAAAUGUUAAACGAGAAUAAAAGGAAAAAAUGA